AUGCCACUCUCUCCUUUCUGCUAUUACUUGCGUACUUCAACACGUUUCCCCAUCAAGGCUCACAGCCAUUUCCCUGCCACUUCCAUCUUCCUAAUCGAUCCGUCGAACUUAAAAGAUACCUCGGUACUUCGUAUCAUUCUUCAUCAACACCCACCUUCCUCGAUGAAGGAACCCACCUCUGAUAAAUCUCAGCACACGGAUAGAACUAACUCGUGGAUAAGAAGCAAACCCGCGAAUCACCCUUCCAAACAGAUCAAUUCAAACCAGAUUCCCAUCAGUAAUCCAUCCACCCUGGAGCCCACACAGUCCAACAGCCAGCAUGGAGCAUCAGCCAUGUCUGCCAGCCCCGGCGGCACCAUGCCAACGCCGCCGGUCCCUGGUGGUGCCGACACGACAGAAGAUGGUUGUUGCGGCACGCCCAUGCCCGGUACAUCAUUGCAGCCCGAGAAGCCGGGGCCUGUCCUAGGCGAAGCGGGUGAUGGGAAACACCCACACGAAGACUCUCAACCACAGCGGGAAACUGGAAUCAAGGACAGCAUCCCCAGUAGGAUACUGCGCACUAUCAAAUUUGUGUUGUUCCAUUCCAAACUGAACCUUUUGCUGGUUUUUGUCCCCAUCGGCAUCGCCGUCGAGCAAGUCCCGGGCAUUUCUCCGGGCAUCAUUUUUGGCAUGAAUGCCGUCGCCAUCAUACCUCUUGCUGGUCUCUUGAGCUUUGCUACCGAAGCCGUAGCGCGCAAGCUCGGCGACUCCCUUGGCGCAUUGCUGAACAUUACUUUUGGUAAUGCGGUAGAGCUGAUCAUCUUCAUUGCUUUGGUCAAGGUACGUAUUACCGCCUCUCUUCUUGGGUCUAUCUUGGCCAACUUGUUACUGAUUCUGGGCAUGUCGUUCUUCCUUGGCGGUCUUCGGUUCCGGGAACAGAUCUACAACAGCACCGUCACCCAGAUGAGUGCUUGUCUAUUGAGUUUGAGUACUGCAUUCCAUGCUUCGUUUAACGACUCGAACCUAGCAGAUGCCCAAUCUCUCAAGAUCAGCCGUGGUACUAGUGUGCUUCUGUCACAUUCAUACAUGUACGAGUCGACACCACAGCACAUCAUUGAUGAGGAGGCAACACCUGGACCGGUCGCCAACUGGCUGGACUCGUCAAGUUCAGAGAGCAGCUCGUCGAGUGACUCAGAUUCUUCCGACUCUGAUUCAUCACGAGAAACUGUUGGCAAGAGAAUGAGACGAGCUAUCAAGCGCCAUCGCAAGUCCAGCAUCAUUUCAGUCGACACGAGUGAAGGCCACAGCACUACUCGCACGCGAACCCCUACUAGAAGUCCCUCUUUCGGUACUACGAGCGAGGGACAGCCUUCUGAAGAGACCGCAAGGAACCGUAUUUCCAAGCCUGGAACCGGGGUCUUUGAGGCGCACGAGGAUGCCAUUGAAGAUGAAAAGCCACCUCGUCACAGGAAGCGUGAUCGUUACCGGAGACACAAGAAGCAUCGCAAACAUCACAAGCACCGCAAGUCACGGAGAAACGGCUCCCAAGAAUUCAUGGACCAACCCAUUGACGAGGAAGCAGCUGUUGGGAUUAAGGCUCCCCUCUCACCUGGCGAGCCUCGGAGAGUCGAUUUCGCCAUGUCACAAUUGACCCCGAAUGUUGAGGGCAUGAGUGAAGUCGUUCAGACCCGAAGCAGUCCGUUCCAGGGACUUCGUGGGACACUGCGACCUGUCGCUCGCAGCCUUGCGCCCACAGUAUUUACCAGUCCCACUGAUUUCUCGAUGCCGGCCGUACCCUCUGGUCCAGUGCCUCGUGUUCGUUAUGGAAUUCGUCGUACGAACUCGCUGCCCGACCGCCUAAACCAGUUCGGCCGCCCUCCCGGCGCGAUGAUGCCCUCUCAGAUUCCUCUGGCCGCCGUCCCGAACGGCGCUGUGGCUGAUGCCGAGGAAAAUGUUGAAGAGCUCUCCCGUCGGAGCGCAGUCAUCUUGCUGCUCGUAUCGACCGCUCUUGUAGCUGUUUGUGCCGAGUUCAUGGUCGACUCAAUCAACGGUCUUGUCAAGACCAGCAGCAUCGGCGAAAUCUUCAUUGGUCUCAUCAUUCUGCCCAUCGUUGGCAACGCAGCCGAGCACGUCACUGCUAUCACCGUUGCCAUGAAGAACAAGAUGGACUUGGCCAUCGGCGUGGCCGUGGGCAGCUCGAUUCAGAUCGCCCUCUUCAUCACGCCGCUGAUUGUGAUUAUCGGCUGGAUCAUGGACAAACCCAUGACGUUGUAUUUUACGCUCUUUGAGACCGUUUGCUUGUUUGUCUCGGCGUUUAUCACUAACUUUUUGGUCUUGGAUGGGAGGAGUAAUUACCUUGAGGGGGCUCUGCUGCUGGCGACUUACGUUAUCAUCAGCGUGGUGGCGUUUUUUUAUCCGAAUGCAGAGGAUACGAGUGCGUGGGGGACGUAG